UAUAAGUAUAUGGACUAAAAUAAGAUUCAGUCAGUUACUUAUAAAUCCUCUAUUUCUUUCCUGCAUAAGGUAAGUAUCUAUUAGUAUCUAAACAGUCAAGUAAGGAUACAGUUUUUCAUAAUUAUCAACCAUGGUUUUGGGUUCUGAUGAAAAUUAUUCAGAGACGGGUAAAGCGUUGAUGCGUUUGACGAGGGAGAUGACCCUAGAAGAGCAAGGAGCGAAUUGCAAAAAAAUUGAAAAAGGUCAGAAUUAUAUGGACGCGACAGUUGCUAUAGCAGGCGUUGCAUUAGGAGUGGCUGCCUUGUUUACCAUGCCAUUGCUAAUCGUGGUCUCCUCCUCGCUUUUAGUUAAUGUAUUGAUUGCCAAGGCUUUAACAGCAGACGAGAACAUUGAGAGAGAAUGUGCUGAUCUCCCUUUUAAAGAGUUGGACGAAAAAAUGAAAGCUAGACAAGAAGAACAAGAUAGAAAAAUUGCAGAACAAACUGAAAUUUUGAAAGAAGUAAGUGAAAAAGUAGGCCAAACUCUAGACAAAAUCGAAGAUGUUAGAAAGGAAAUGGGCGAUAGCUUCCAGAGGGUAUUAAAUAAAAUAGGGGAUGUAGAUGCCAGUAAUCCAGUCUCCGAAAUAAAAACUGCGAUCGAAUCCAUUUCAUUUGGGGAAGAGAACAAAAGAUUAGCGACUCCUGAGCGUUAUGUUUAUAUCAUUCAGCAAGAAGUGGCAAAAAAUUCGGAUUCAUCUCUUUACAAUUACAUUGGACUUCAAGGUAGUCUGUAUAAGGCCAUUUUUGCAGUGAUUAACAAGAAGAAUACCAUUAAAUCGAACAUUGCCCUUCCGGGACUCAACAUUGGAGUUACAACCUACGCAUCGACCGUCAUUACUCUAAUUCAGCAGCUACGUUACAUGUCUGAAUAUGUUUACCAAAAGGGUGAUUUGAAAAAGUUCAACAACUAUUUCAAUCGUCUUAUUUUUGAUUUUAACUAUUUCAAACUAAUAGUUAAUGGUUCCUCUAAAAAGCAAGGUAUAAUCGACCAAGUUACUCAGAUGUUGAACGAAGCAAAAAAAAGCAAAAGCAAGCAAGAUCUUGGCGAAGAAUUGUUUGAAAAUAUUGGAACAUACAUCACCCAACUUAAUCAAUUAAAGCAAAAGAUUGCAGCACUUUCAUUAGAUGUACUCGAAACCACUCCAGAUAAAAACAUGGAUAUUGAUUUCAACUCCAGAACUGGGAAUCAACGCAGUAGUAGUAAUUUCUUGGACUGGAAAAAAGGCACCCAGGUGAGUUACGCAGUGCAGUUCGAAAAAGAUGGUAAGUAUUCUAAAGUUAGUGACUGGACUUCACCACAGGAAAUAGUGGAUAUCGCCAAUCCUGAUAUUGUAUUCCGGAAAUCGAGCAAUAUGAAUAGAUUAGUCUUCCGAAAAUUUGGUAAUGGUGAUGCAGAAUUGGCAUACAUCCUCCCUGGCUCAGAAGUAAGUUUUAGAGACGUCCACAGGGAUUUGUAUAAUUUAGCUUUUAAAAACUCCCUCAGCGAGUCGCAGGUUUCAAGUAACAUGGAUAGACUCAUUAGAUUGGGAGCGAAUGUUAAGGCAGUGUUUGAGGGUAAACGAACCGUUAUUCAUGCGGCAGCUAUUGCUGGACGAUCUGUUAUGUUAGGUAAGAUAUUAGAGAAAGACCGUUCUCUCAUUAAUAAACCAGAUAAAUUAGGCUUCACCCCUCUUCACCUAGCUGCUGAAAAUAAAAGGACCGCUUUUGCACGAUGGCUAAUUAAUCGUGGAGCAAACGUUAACUUACAAGGACAGGAAUAUAAAGUGACUCCACUGCAUUUGGCUGUGCGUUACCAUGCCGAAGAAAUUGUAGAAGCCCUGUUGGAUAAAUCAAAUAUUAACCCGAAUUUAAAAGAUGUAGCUGGUCUUACUCCUUUGCACUAUGCUGUAACUGAUGAAAAUUUGAAUAAAGAGAUUUUCACUUCAUUAAAAUUAAGUCGGAAAACUGAUUUUAAUGUAAAGGAUAACAAUGGAUUACCAGUCCUGCAUUAUGCAACCAUACUCAAUAGAUGGGAAGAGGUCACAGAUUUAAUUUUUACAGCAGAAAGAUGUGAUUAUUAUGCAAAGGAUAACCAACAAAUGUUAGCUGUUCAUUAUGAUGCAAUGAAAGGAAAUAAGGUUGACAUAUUAAUAUCUGCCAUGAUGGGGGAUGAAAAAGCAUCUAAGCUUAAUGAUGCAGCAGGCGAGAAACAUUGGACUCCUUUGCAUUACGCCGUAUAUUUUAAGCAUACUGAUUGGGUGGAGUAUCUGUUUCGGCAGCAUGAAAGAGUGGUAUCAAAGGUCAAUGUAGAUGCUAAAGAUGUUGAUGAUCAGACUCCUUUGCACUUAGCUGCUGCGGCUGGAUUGAAAGAUAUUGUUAAAACUCUUCUGGAUAAUGGAGCAAAAGUUUAUGAAAAGACGAAGAAACAAAAUACACCUCUUGAUCUCGCAGUCAUGCAUAAUAGAAAAGAAGUUAUUGAUGAUUUGCUGACAUUUGAAAAAAAUCAAAAGUUAAAAAAUGGAAAGUCUGCUAAAGAAAAUGAUACUAAGGCGUGUCAACUAGCAAAGGGGGAGAUGUUAAAUCUACUAAAGAAGAAGAAUCGCUGUGGCAAUUUCCGCCGCUCGGUUGAAUCGAAUUCUAAAACCUCUGCUUGGGGAUUCACUCUUACUGGCAUGUUUGAAAACAAUAAUUUAAGACCUUUGUUAACUUCGAAUAAAUCAAGAGAGAAUUUGGAAUUCAAAAAUAUUAAACCUCUGACACAAGUAGAUGUAAAUGGUGCCUUGCUUUUACUGGAUCUUUUCGUACGGAAAGUGACGAACGAAAAAUACAAUUCUGCAGUGAUUGGUUCUGAAUCUUUGUUAGAUGCACGAGCUCGAGCUUUAAAUAUCACGGAGAAUUUGCAAAAAAUUGUGGAAAUGGCAGGAAAUGAUGGGGAUCUUUUUGACAUUCAUUCAAAGAUAUACAAGGCUAUUAUGAGCGGAAAUGAUUACAAACUUGUAAAAGAAGUAUGCACUUAUUUAAAAGAGUAUUCCACUUUGGAACCACAUAAAGUUGAAAACUUUAUUUCUGCAAUGGUUGAAAAUAAAUCAGUCGGAAUUACUAAGAAAGCAAUUCAAGGUAACUUGGAAAACUUAGUCGCUCAGGCCUGCUAUCGAAAUCACUUUUAAAUAUUUUCGCAAUUUAAGGCAGAGCAAUUAAAACUGGUUAGUAAAGUAAAUAGCCGCCAACAGAAAAUUAACGCAAUAUAAAUUUGAUUUGAAACAUUGCGCUCUCUUUAAUUCGUUAUCGGUUUAUACUCUUCUUAAUUGUAACAAAAUUUGGUAAUAUGUAUAUUUUAUUAUCAUACUCGUAUAAAAACACGAUAAAGAGAAGGAUCAUUAGAAAUAUGAAUCUUUCAAUUUUGUACAUUUUGCUUGAAUCAAGACUUUUAAAAUCUUGAGCAAAAGCUAAAAUAAGAAAAUAGCCAGAUGAUUUACAUAUCGAUACACUAUUAUUGUUUUCAUUUGAAAUAUUUAUUCAAUCUCCAUUUUGUAGUAGACUUAAGAACAAGAAGGAAAAUUUACACAAUUCUUUUUUUAAAAUUUUGUUCAAAUCAAACUUAAUGCGGAACAUUAAAUUUUUACACAAAUUAACGCUUAAAUUUUACAGCAUCCUUUUAAUUGCGAAUAAUAAGGGAGUGUAAAUAAAAUUUUUAAGCCUUUUAUGGACUUUAUUUUUAAUUUUUUUCACUACGAUGAGUACAAAAUUUAAAGUAGUACGGUUCAAAGUAAGGAAUUCUUUACUCAGAAUAAAAGUAAGACGUGAUUGAUUCGCGUCAGUGUAUAUUCUAUAAAAAUAUAUUCAUAAAUUAUUUUUAAAAUAUUUCGAAACUAUUGAAUUGGGCACUUUUAAAUGUAUUACUUCAUAUACAUAAUUACAAAAAAGCCGAAAUAUUAUGCAUCAUUUAUACGUUUGGCUACAACAAAAUUUAGUUUCAGUUUUCGUUUCUUAAAUCGAUUAACUUAAUUUUAUAAAAUAAAUAUUAUAUUUUCUUUCCUUUAACACAUGGUAUCUUUUUUUAAAUAAUUUUUCUCCUUAGUUUUUUAAAACGUGAUCUAUGUGGAUGAUUUUCAAAACAGGAAAACUUUUUUCUCAAAAUUCGUAGCUGUAAUAAUUCGAAGCGCUUAUAGUUAUGAGUAACCUUUUCGCGGGUCAUUGUCAGUUGUUAAUGGGAUUAAAAAAUUAUUUAGAAUUACUGGCCUUCCAAACAAAUGAUUCUUUAUUAAGAAAAUAUAAGUUACAGACAUCUUAUCUGUUUUUGAAACAUUUUCUAGACAAAGGAGGACAUUAUAAGUUGGAAAAAAAACAGUCGGGAUGUUUAAUACCAUAAAAAAAAAUAUUAAUUAAUCUGCGAAAUUUUCAAAAGAGACUGUUUUAAAUAGAAAAAAGAUUAAUUGCAAAUGCAUGAUUUGAUUUUAAAAGCGAAGAAAUAUUCUCUGAUUAACUGAAAAUAGUACAGUUAAAGAGUAUGUUCAGUAGAAGUUUGAAAAUACUCUAAUUCAUAGGCUUCAAAAGCAAAUCUUUGUUGAAUGUAAAGUUAUCUAAAAUAAUUGUUUAGUCAGCCAGUAUUUGAAAGAAACAGAAUUUAAGGUUAUCAAAAUGUCCGUACUGACUUUCGUUUCAGUUUUUCAUGAUCAUUUUAAAAAUCAGAAACAUAUUUUAUUGGAAUUUAAUGUUGAAUUUAUAUCAUAAACAGAUAUAAGAUAACCUGAAUUUUUUUAAAAACAAAACAGUGCAUGGAAAAAUUGAAAACAUUCGAGCAUUUGGCGAAAUCUUUUCUUCUACAUAAUUUGUUUUAAAGAAAUAAUGCCAUUGAAAAAUAAUUUUUGUUUAAAAAAUCAGUAAUAGUUCUAACUGAAAAGCUGGAAGUAAGUCAAUUUUCCCCUCUGCAAAUUCUUUUGAAGCAAAUGAAGUUUUUCUAAAUAUUAGCUUUUCAGGGGUCACUUCCUGCCAGGGAAUCUCUUUAUAGGCAUUAUUAAAAAACAACAUUUUAAGUAAUUUCCUAACUUAAUGAUCUUAGGAAGAAAAAAAUAUUGAAGUAUCACAGUUACACCUGAUAAAGAGUUUAAGAAAUAUUCAAGCAAAAGCUCUCAUUAAAUUAAUUUCAGUAACAUUAAUACAAAAAUUUAGGUUGAUUGAUGUAAAAGAAACAUCACUUACUAGGCGUUAUCAUUUACUAGGUGUUGUUUUCGUUUUCGUUCAAAUUUGGAGUUUUAAGCAAAAAGAGAAGAAAAAAACAAGUAUCAGUAUUAACGAGUUGAACAAAGAGUUUUUAAGAAUCAUAACAAUACUUAGUAUUGAGCAUGAGUAAAAAUAUAGAAAAUUUAUGAUUGUUAGUAUCUGUACUUCAUUAUGAAGUGAAAAUUGAAACCUGAUUUCGGGUUGAAGACAAGAAGUGACCUCUUCAAAAGAAUUUGCAUCAAAUUUAUAAAGAAAACAAUUCAUGCCUGUAGAAUAAUGCAUAUUUCGGAAUAUAAUGCAUAUUUGUAUAAUGCAUAUUUCGGAAUAUAAUGCAUAUUUGUAUAAUGGAAAUUGCUAUGGAAAAGCAGUACCUAAAAAAUUACAGUGCCGUGUUAGUCAUGAAAUUCCAUAAUGCAUAUUUCAGACUUUAUACAUUGUGAUGAUAGAAAAGUAUACAAACAUUAAUAGUUAGUGCUUAUUUCUUAAAGAAAAUUUGUUCAUAAAAUAAUAUUAUGCUGAAACUUACUUGUAUGAUAUAAGUUGGAAACCUGAAAAUAAGUUCUAUUAUGAAUAAUUGGCUUUAAUUGCUUUCAUGUAUAAAAUUAAUGUAUUUUUCAUGUACAUGGUUUUUUUACUCUUGAAUAUGUUUAUGAAAUUAUAUAAAAGUAUAAAAACUCGGAAGAUAAAUUCAUGAUAAUUUUUUCGUUUGCUCCAGUUUAAUGUUGAAAAAAUGUCAAGUGAAAGCAUUUGUAUAAAUACUUUCUUAAUCUUAUGUAUAUUCUCAAUCUUCUGAUUUCUUAAUCUUUUGACUUUAAAAUUAUUUUCUCAUACUUUAAGAGAUUAAUGGUAAUAUUUUUUUCCGGAUCUAAGUUAGUUAGCAUAUAUUUAUGUAUAAUGCUAUAUUCUUGUUUACUAUUAUGUACUGCUUAUUCUGGUUACUAUUAUAUUUAUUAUAUUAAAAUACGCAGUGAGGAAUAAAGAAAUAAAUCUAAUUGGAAUAUUCUAAUAAAAUAAUGAGUUUAAAUGUUAUACUACAUAGAAGAACUAUAAACAUAACUAGUUCUUUUCUACUAGUAGGCAAUAAGACUCUAUUCCAUUCAUCAAAAUAUACAAACUAUGUAUUUGAUGAUUAAAAUAGAUUUUCCGUACUUAUACCUUUUUAAAGAUUCUAAAUGGAAAACCUUAUAAACAAAUGAAUGAUUGAAUUUUCGAUAUAACAUAAUGACUUUAAAAAUAAUAAUAAUAAAAGCAAUCGAGCUCACUCAUGUUCUAUUUUCAAGACUGUACAAAAGGAGGGAAAGUAAACCACUCUUUUCAGUACCUAUCAAGCAGAUUUCUUGUUAAAUUUUAACAGCUCAUUGGACAGGAGUUGCACCUUUCUUGAUAGAUCAUCUCGAAGUCCAUCAUAUUUUCUGUUCAUAAAAGAGCAGAUGUGUGAUCUAGAAUUGCCUUAAAGACAAUCUUGCAAUAUUCACAAUGUUGCGAGAGCAGAGCAAUGAUACAAAAUAGCAUGGAUGACCUUAAAGACCAUUUCGACAUAUUUCAUAUGUUUUCAUCUUGCAAAGAACAGAUGACUAAUGACCUUGAUGAUCUUAAACAAUAUCUUGAAAUCUUUCAUACAUUCUGAUAUCAAAAGAGAAGAUCAGUGAUACAACAUGGUAUUGAUCACCUGAAAGACUAUCUUAAAAUCUUCCAUACAUUUUGAUAUUAAAAGAGAAGAUCCGUGAUACAACAUGGCAUUGAUCACUUUAAAGACUAUCUUGAAAACUUCCAUACAUUUUGAUAUUGAAAGAGAAGAUCCGUGAUACAACAUGACAUUGAUCACCUGAAAGACUAUAUUGAAAUCUUCCAUACAUUCUGAUAUCUAAAGAGAAGAUCAGUGAUACAUCAUGGAAUUGAUCACCUUAAAGACUAUCUUAAAAUCUUCCAUACAUUUUGAUAUUAAAAGAGAAGAUCCGUGAUACAACAUGGCAUUGAUCACCUUAAAGACUAUCUUGAAAGCUUCCAUACAUUCCGAUAUCAAAAGAGAAGAUCAGUGAUACAACGUGGCAUUGAUCACCUGAAAGACUAUAUUGAAAUCUUCCCUACAUUCUGAUAUCAAAAGAGAAGAUCAGUGAUACACCAUGGAAUUGAUCACCUUAAAAUCCGUCUUCAAAUCUCCGAUGCUUUCUGAUUUCAUAAGAGCAAAUAAGUGGUAGAAUUGAAUUCAAUAGAAUGAAAUUUUUUUUAUUUAUAUAUUUCUGUUGAUGACAGAAAGUUUCAUUGAUUCAAUGCUUAAAGUUGGUUAAUUUAUAUUUUGAUUAUUUCUGAAAUCCAAUCAUAAUUUCCAGUAUGCUGUGAUUUUUUUUAAAAAAAAAGACAGCUAUUCAGCAUAUAGUUAGUUGUGAUUUUGUAAAAUAUUUUUAAAAAAUGAAUGUUAAAAAAUAAAGUUUUCCUGUAAAAUUUUCUUUAUUCGAAAGAUUUGGUGGGAAAGAAAAAAUUCUUCUGAACUUACAAGAUUUCAAAAAUAAGAAUACGAAAACCUGUGUUUAAGCAUGAUACCUACUAUCAUGCAAUUAUAAGUCUCUAUAAAUUUAUUUGUUUGUUCAAAGGGAUUUAUAAAGUUCGAUCUUGAAAUUAAAUACAAAAUAUUCACGUAAAAACGAAGAAAUACUGAAAUAUUAGAGUGAGAAAAUGUGAAAUUGUGUUAUACUCAACUUCUUCGAGAACAACAGCUAUAGUUAUUGAACAUAAACUUUUUUCAUCAAGGAAAAUGAGUUUUAAAAACAGCGUUUUUAACUUUUUAUUCAAUUGGACGACGAGUUCCUCAAAUGUUACUUAACAUGUUAUUCCACUAAGUUCUUCAGUUAUCAUUUUAUUAUGAAACAUGUAUAAUUUAUUAUUUAACAAAAUGAUGCAUGUAUAACAGAAUGCAUAAUAUAGCAGAGUGUAUAAUGAAACUGGAUGUAUAAUCUCUCAGAAUCAUGUAUGUAUAAUAUAACAGAAAGUAUAAUGGAACUGGAUAUAUAAUCUCACAGAAUCAUAUAUGUAUAAUAUAACAGUAUGUAUAAUCAAACAUAUUGUAUAGUAAAUAUAACAGAAUGCACAACGAUGCAGAAUAAUGAAUUUUCCUUUUGAAGAAUUUGUUAAACCUUUUAAUUAUUGGUAUUAUACGUGCUUGGAACAUUUUUAAUUAUUUUAAUUUCCCUCAGAAAUAAUAUUUUUAAAUCUACUUGACCAAAUUUAUUACCUUUUAAUAUUCCAGCAUGGUAAAAUUAAAUAAAAAUUAAUUGUAUCGUUUGUUUUAAAAAGAUUUUCUGAUUUAAAAAAAGGAUUGUAAUAUGUGAUUAUACACGGUUUUGGUCCUCAAAUCAGAUAGUUUUUACUGUAUGAAUCAAUAAUAAUUUUGUAAUUCUUUAUAGAUAUUAUAGGAAUACUAAUAUUUCAAAAUUUAGUUUUAUUGCCUGCCUUAAAAUAGGAAAAAUAUUUUCAUUCUCUAACUGAUUUUAUUUAAAAUUAAUUAAUGUUGUGUCUAUAUUGCAAAUUAUUGACUUGAUUUCAUAAUUAAGUGUUGUAAAUUGCUGAUACUAAAUAGUCCAAUAAAAUUUUUGAGCAGAAAA